UCCAGUUGUAGAUGUGGAUAUAUAACUAUAUGUGCGUAUAUAGACUUUGCUUUCAGCCAGAAAUAAUAUUAAAACACACACAUCUAAGAAAUGUUACAUGUAAUAUAAAAUUAUAAUAGAUGCUAUAUUAGUGAUAUUUUGAUAUAUAGAUGAUAUUUUGCCCUUAAAAUCAUAACACUGACUAUAUACUCUACAUAUGGACCAUAGAGGGGGAAAUAAUGCAUUACACAACAUAAAAGAUUCAUUAUGACAGUAAAUGUUCAGCAGGAUACGGUGAUAUUUUUCAAAGGGAUUUGGGCUGUUGUCGUCAUGGCAACUUCAGGCUACACCGCUGAGGAGCUUCCGCCCUCCCAAUCGCAAGGGGGCAACGUCACGACGGCCUCGUCAACCCUGCAGAAAGCCACUUCCACCUCCACGUCCCAGUUCCUUUCUGACAUACAGAGCUCGCCGGGAUCCGCUCCUUCACAGACGGCUUCUAUCAUAAGAGCACAGGCCACACCCCCUGUCACUCAAAAGAAAGUGGUUUUGACCACACCCCUUCAAGGAGCCGUGACAGCCGAGCAGUAUGUGUCAAGAGAGAUACAAAGCUCCGCCUCCCAGGCAGGAAACAGCCAGAGCGCCCAGCAGUACAUAGUGGUGACCGUUACCGAGGGCUCUCUUCACUCGAAUGACUCUGAAUCGAAUUCUCCUCCCGCGGGACAGACUGGUGUACCCACACAGGUAGUGCAGCAGGUGCAGACAGCACAGCAGAGGUCAGUGGUUCAGGCCACAACCAAGAGUCAAAGUGGACAACUGGGGGUCAGCAACCUACACAUCACACCUGAGGUUCCUGUACAGCAUGUUUACCCGAGCCAGUUUGUGGAGGGAGACGCCAACUACAGCAAUACUGCAAUUCGUUCCAGUAGUUACCAGUUUACAGACCCCUCCCUCUACUCUCAGGCCACGCCCUCCGUCACUUACUAUGAGACGUCGCCCACCACUGGCUCACAGGUCACGUCCACUGCCAGCUCUCAGCCUGUGUCUGUGACGUCCGGGAUGGGCACAGGAGUGGUCUCCAUGUUCUCAGAGGGCAGUUCGGGGAUCACUGUGGUGGCUGGCGGGUCCUCGUCAGGAGUGGGCGGGGCAGGAGGCGUGGUUACCAGUGGAGGAGCGGGAAGUUACGUGAUUCAGGGCGGGUACAUGCUCGGCGGAGGGAACCAGAAUUUCUCACACAACACACGUGCAUCACCUGCGACUGUGCAGUGGCUGAUGGAUAACUAUGAGACCGCUGAAGGUGUGAGUCUUCCUCGCUGUACUCUCUACUGUCAUUACCUCCUGCACUGCCAGCAGACCAAGCUGGAACCUGUGAACGCCGCCUCCUUUGGCAAACUCAUCCGCUCUGUGUUCAUGGGCCUCAGGACAAGACGUCUCGGCACCAGAGGGAACUCUAAGUAUCAUUACUAUGGCCUUCGAAUCAAGAGCAACUCCCCCCUGCACAGACUGGUGGAGGACCAGCAACACCUGGCCAUGAGACAACAGCCGUUCUCACAGAAACAGAGGAUAAAGCCUGUGCAGAAGGUGGAGGGACUGACCAAUGGAAUGGGCUUGGGGGCGGGGCAUCAACAAGGGGCGGGGUUGUCUGAUAUCAGCACCCAGGUUCACCAGUAUCAGCAGUUUUUGGAUGCGUCUCGCAGUCUGGCGGAGUUCCCUGACGUCAAAGAUGAGGGUAUACCUCUGCCGGAUGGACUCCUUCCUCAACACGUACACACAUAUCAGCUGGUCUACAGAGAGCACUGUGAGGCAAUUCUGGACGUGAUGGUAAACCUGCAGUUCCCUCUUGUGGAGACGCUGUGGAAGAGUUUCUGGAGGUUCAGUGAAGGACAAAGCGGUGACUCGGAUACCCUCGACCUUCAUGAGGAUUCAGAGAAGCGUUUGCCCAAGUCAGUUCUGGUUCUGUUGUGUAAAUAUGAGCCUAUCCUGCACUGGACCCGUGAAUGCGACAACUUACUGUAUCAAAGCCUAGUGGAGAUCCUCAUCCCUGAUGUCCUGAGACCCAUCCCCAGUGCCUUAACUCAAGCCAUCCGUAACUUCGCUAAGAGUCUGGAGAACUGGCUGACCAAUGCCAUGAUCAACAUCCCGGAGGAGAUGGUCCGCAUCAAGAUUGUGUGUGCCGGAGCGUUCGCUCAGACUCUGCGGCGCUACACAUCUCUCAAUCAUCUGGCUCAGGCGGCCCGCGCCGUCCUGCAGAACACGGCUCAGAUCACACAGAUGCUCAGCGACCUCAACCGCGUUGAUUUCACCAAUGUACAGGAGCAGGCCUCGUGGGUGUGUGGCUGUGAAGAUGGUGUGGUCCAGCGGCUGGAGCAGGACUUUAAACUCACCCUGCAGCAGCAGAACUCUCUGGAGCAGUGGGCCGUAUGGCUGGACAGGGUCGUCUCGCAGGCCCUGAAGCCAUACACCGGCAGCCCGGCCUUCCCCAAAGCAGCCAAACUCUUCCUGCUCAAAUGGAGCUUCUACAGUUCUGUGGUGAUCAGAGAUCUGACCCUGCGCAGUGCUGCCAGUUUUGGCUCGUUUCAUCUGAUCAGACUGCUGUAUGAUGAGUACAUGUAUUACCUGAUCGAGCACAGAGUCGCAGAGGCCAAAGGAGAGACGCCCAUCUCUGUCAUGGGAGAGUUUGCCUGUCUGAACAGAAGUCAAAGGUCAAUGGAUCCUGAUAAAGAUGAGGAGGAUGAGGAGGAGGACGACGAGACCGAUGAGGAUCAGGACAUGGCCAUCCCUGUAGUUGUGGGGGAGGAGUCACUAGAGCCGCCCACCAAACUCGCCAGAACAGAGCUCUUCAACACCAACAACAACAACACACCAAACUAACACACAGUCAUUUCUGCUUCAUCCGUUCAGACUGAUUCACACUGACACUGUGGAAGCCAUGACUGUAUAUGCUGAACUCGUUUCUCCGAGAGCCAGUUUGGCAUUGAAAUACAAUCUUCAAUUUUGCUAAUUAUUAGAGGAAGUUCAGUUUGAGAUCAUUUCCUGUAAACACAGAGAAACUGAGCAAUCGUUUGAGUUUCCUGAGAUGAAACCGCCCUCAGAGCUGCUGUAUGAUCUGAUGAGGCUUUUCUAGUGAACGGUGACAUUCAUAUGCCUUAAUUAAGCACACACACUCACACUCACACACAUAUUUUCAUUGCCUUCCCUUUCUUAAAGCUGCCAUGUGUGUCAUAUGUCUUGGCUCUUAAAGUUACAGUUCAUCUAAAAGUGAAACCAUUCACCCUUGUGUCAUUCCAAAAGUGUGUUCCAUAGAAGAAAUAAAGUUAUGUAACGACGUUAGGGUGAAUAAGUGAAGAUGGACGUUUCAUUUUUGGGCGAACCGUUCCUUUAAGAGUACUGUUUUGAUGAUCAUUCACCCGCUCCAUGCUGCCAUAGAAAUCAUUCUUUGCCAAAGCCAAUCAUAGGUCACCUAGGCCUGUUCCUCAUUAAUAUUCAUGAUCAUUUAAGGUGUCGCUGUAAACCACAGCUGCAGAUUUUGCCUUUCACAGCUGUAACACCACAUGUCCUUCCAUGCUUUUGACUUUCUUUUUUUAAUUAUAAUGAAAAUGAUAUAUAUAUAAUUGUUGUGCUUUAAUCAGCUGUUCAGCUUUGAUGCUUUGUGAUUUGAUGCUAAAGGAUCAAACGUGCCUUCAGAGGAUUAUUCAAUCUAGAGAUCCAUAAACGUAUCAACAAAUGUCAAAAACAAUUAUGAGAAUGCAUUAUUUUUUCCAAACUUGGAAUCUCAUCAGGCCUCAUUUGUAAAAUAGAAGCAGAAUCAAUUUCGUGUAAAUUGUAAAACCAUUUUCAAACGUUUGGUUGAAUGGUUUCCACAGAUUGACGAAUGAGAUCCAGUGAUCAUUGACUUCACUGUAUUAAAUAAAUACAUCAUGUGUUUAUAAAGAGAUUAAUUUCA